GUCCAUAAUUAUUAUUACUAUAACAGCUUGACUAAUGGCCAAGCCUAUUUUUCUGAUUUAAUUGUUUUUAGAGAGGAUAUUUGUCAUUUUACCAUUUUGAAAAAUACCUUAUCAAACAUGGUUGUCAAAAUUUAUAUCAGUGGCAUUUCUGGCAACAAGGAGGUGAAGAAACGUCAGCAGCGGGUCCUGAUGAUUUUAGACUCAAAAAAUAUAAAAUAUGAAGUCAUCGACAUAACGGAACCAGGGAGAGAGUCCGAUAAAGAUUUCAUGCAAAACAAUGCUAAAUCUUCUGGUGGCACCGUCAGUGACCCGAACCCGCGUUCACCACUGCCGCCGCAGAUGUUUAACGAUGAAGAAUAUUGUGGGGAUUAUGAUCAGUUUGAUUUAGCCAAUGAAGUUGAUACUCUUGAGCAGUUUCUAAAGUUGGAGGCACCUCCAGAAGAACCACCUCAAGAAACAGAAAAGGAAAGUACCUUAAAUGGUGAUCUUGAUGGAGAAAUAGCUGAAGAAACCUCCCAAGAAACAGAAACUACAGCGGAAAAAGCAGAAAAUGAUGAAGCAGACACCAUUGAAACAUCUGAAAAAGUAAAGGAGACUAGUCCUGUUAAAGAAAACUCACCAAUUAAAGAAAUUGAAGAAACUACAAAAGAAGCUACACCUGUUCCUGUAGAUAAUGAAGUGCAGGAAGAUGUUGCUAAACAAGGUUCACCCGAGAAGGAAGCCUCACCAGAUCUACAAAAUUUGGUUGGAGAUGAAGCAAAAGAAAAAUCUCCAGUAAAAGAGACUGACGAUGAGCCAAAAGAGAUAUCAAAAGAAAGUUCUCCAGAAAAAGAGGGACCAGUGAAUGAAAAUGGCACCGUGAGCUCGCGUGAACAGUCUGAAGGGAAGGAUGUUGAAGUGACUGAAGCAAUAGAUAAAACAAUAGACAAUCCCUCAGACCUACUGAUCGAAAGUGAGCAGGCUGCAUCUGCUGAAUAAUGGACUGAUCACACCCUUGCUUCUCAGCUCAAAUAUAGCCCCUCUAGCACUAAGCCAGCACUAUAAUAAUAAUAUGCUAAGAACUAUUGUUUCAAUUAUGUCAGUCAUUUAUUUGGCAUGAUUAGUCAUUGUAUAUAAUGAGAAGAUUGUUGAAGUCAGAUAAUGUGCCUAAGUAUUUUUUUUUUUUAAAUAAUGAAAUGGCCUAUUGUCAUUAGAUUUAAUACAAAUUAAUAUUUUCUUUUUUAUUAUUUUACAUAUUAUGAUUUUAUU